GUCUGAUACCGCUCUCUAGCAUAGCGAAGCUUCAUUAGCGCUGCAGAAGCUUUCUCUAAGUAACUCUUUACAUUCCGUUUUAUUCCCUGGGAUCGGCAGGAUAAUCUGCAGCCACAAUGUAUGGAUUCGUGAACCAUGCCUUGGAACUGCUGGUGAUAAGAAACUAUGGUCCAGAAGUAUGGGAAGAUAUUAAGAGAGAGGCACAGCUUGAUGAGGAAGGACAGUUUUUGGUUAGAAUAAUUUAUGAAGACUCCAAGACCUAUGAUCUGGUAGCAGCAGCAAGCAAAGUGCUCAAUCUCAAUGCCGGGGAUAUUCUCCAAAUGUUUGGAAAUAUGUUUUUUGUUUUUUGCCAAGAAUCUGGUUAUGACACAAUCUUACGGGUCCUUGGAUCCAAUGUCAGAGAAUUCCUGCAGAACCUGGAUGCAUUGCAUGAUCACCUUGGUACCAUAUAUCCAGGUAUGCGUGCACCAUCAUUUAGAUGCACAGAUGCAGAAAAAGGAAAAGGGCUUAUAUUGCACUAUUACUCAGAAAGAGAGGGACUCCAGGAUAUCGUUAUUGGAAUUAUUAAGACUGUUGCUCAGCAGAUUCAUGGGACCGAAAUCGACAUGAAGGUAAUACAACAACGAAAUGAGGAGUAUGACCACACACAGUUUUUGAUUGAGGAAAAAGACACCAAAGAAGAAGACUUUUAUGAAGACCUGGACAGAUUCGAAGAAAAUGGGACUCAGGAGUCCCGCAUAAGUCCUUAUACUUUCUGCAAGGCUUUUCCAUUUCAUAUCAUGUUUGACAGAGACCUUGUUGUCACACAAUGUGGAAAUGCUAUCUACAGAGUUCUGCCCCAGCUCCAGCCUGGAAACUGCAAUUUGCUGUCAGUUUUCUCCUUGGUACGACCACACAUUGACAUUAGCUUCCAUGGGAUCCUAUCUCAUAUCAACACAGUGUUUGUGUUAAGGAGUAAGGAAGGUUUGUUAGAUGUGGAGAAGUCUGAGAGUGAAGAUGAACUGACUGGGACAGAAAUCAGUUGCCUGCGUCUGAAAGGACAAAUGAUCUACUUGCCUGAAGCUGACAACAUCCUAUUCCUAUGUUCUCCAAGUGUGAUGAAUCUUGAUGACCUGACAAGAAGAGGGCUGUAUCUCAGUGACAUUCCCCUACAUGAUGCGACCCGUGACCUCGUCCUCCUGGGGGAGCAGUUCAGAGAGGAAUAUAAACUGACACAGGAAUUGGAAAUCCUCACAGACAGGCUGCAACACACUUUAAGAGCUUUGGAAGAUGAGAAGAAAAAGACUGAUACCUUGUUAUAUUCUGUUCUUCCACCUUCUGUCGCCAAUGAACUCAGACACAAGCGUCCUGUUCCAGCCAAAAGAUAUGAUAAUGUCACCAUUCUGUUUAGCGGUAUUGUUGGAUUCAAUGCCUUUUGCAGUAAGCAUGCUUCUGGAGAAGGAGCCAUGAAAAUUGUCAAUCUUUUGAACGAUGUCUAUACAAGGUUCGAUAUAUUGACUGAUUCCCGAAAGAAUCCAUAUGUUUAUAAGGUUGAAACAGUGGGAGACAAGUACAUGACAGUGAGUGGUCUUCCUGAGCCAUGUGUCCACCAUGCGCGGUCUAUUUGUCACCUGGCUUUAGACAUGUUGGAAAUUGCAGGCCAGGUUCAAGUUGAUGGGGAAUCAGUGCAGAUAACAAUUGGCAUACAUACUGGAGAGGUGGUUACAGGCGUUAUAGGUCAGAGAAUGCCGCGCUACUGCCUGUUUGGGAACACUGUUAAUCUGACAAGCAGAACUGAGACUACAGGGGAAAAGGGAAAGAUCAAUGUUUCGGAAUAUACAUAUCGAUGUCUCAUGACUCCAGAAAAUUCAGAUCCUCAAUUUCUUUUAAAGCACCGAGGUCCAGUGAGCAUGAAGGGAAAAACAGAUCCAAUGCAAGUUUGGUUUUUAUCCAGGAAGAAUACAGAAACAGAGGAAUAACUAAAGAUUUUUACUUAAACGAAGAAGUGAAGAUCCGUGUGAAUCAACAUUAUGUUCCAUCGUAACUUUCAAGAAUAAAAGAGCCAAACACUUUAAAUCCAAUAUGGGUAGAAAAAUAUACAGUGUUGUGAAAAAGUAUUUGCCCAUUCUUGAUUUCUUCUAUU